AUGGUCGUCUUCCACGAGAGCAUCAUCACCGGUAUCAUGUACAAUGUGGAAGACGACGGAUGGCUGGUGUCGCCAGACGACGACGACCUGUCCUUUGGCGAGGCAAUAACCUCGAUCGACGCGCUCGUGUCUGACGAUGACCAAUUCGCAUUUGAUCCGCCUCUGUCCCUAAAGCCUGCCGGGACAACGACACCAAUCAUUCCGCCUGGGUUCGAUCUACCACAACUUCACCCUCUGCUUUCCAUGGUGGAGAGAAGUCAGACGCCAGCCUCGCAAGCCCAAAACGACAAAGCGGCGAAAACACAACCACAGACACGCCCCGCGACACCACUCGUGGCAACGCCCUUGCGAAGCACGACGCCGCUUGCAGUGGAGACGCUCAGCAAACCAUCUGCAGGCAGCUCGGCCAAGAAGACGAUCAAGGAGCUGGCAGCAAAGAGCGGGCUGUCUUCGGACAUUGCAGCACAGGCGGUGAAAGAGGCCAAGCCGAGCACCAUGCUCCAGGAGGAAGACUUCCCCACGCUGGGCUCUGUCAAGACCGCCUCACCACUCAAGACCAAGGCAGUCUCGGGCAAGGUUCAGGACGUCAGCCGAGGCACUCCAGAGAAGAAGAAGAGGAAUGCAGACCCGGCAAAGGCUAACAAGGGCCAGUCAGCUGCUGCGCCGUCCGAAUUGGUCGAACGUCCUGCGCUGAACACGCUCGACAUUGCUGCAGCUACCAAAGGUGCAGCCACGCCGGCUGAUAUAAAGAACGACGAUAAGGUCCCAGAAGCCAGUGCGCCAGGAAGCUCGCCAAAACCGAAGUCUCAACCGUCGUCUGCUGUGCCCUCUGCAAUCUCGACACCGACCCUUUCAACCGCGACCAUCUCGUCACCCCUUGCGAGGGCUGCACCCAAGACUCUGCGUCUCGUCCAGACUCCCAAGACAGAGACGCCGCCAGCCAUCCCUCCUGCGGCGCUGGCAUCCAUUCGUGCCGCUGGAAUCGGCGGUCCAAACAGCCGCCCUGCCACUCCUGCCACUCCUGCCACCGAGCUUAACUCGGAGACAGCCUCUGUCAUCAGUGCCUCUGUCUCCGCCUCGCGGACAAGCUCUCCGCCCCCUGCCUCCAGAAUUGGUGCUGCGGCUGUCCGCACUACAACAAAGAGCCAGCAGCGCAAGGAGCGCAAGGAAGCUUCCAAGAAGGCGGUUGCGGAUAUUGCCGAAACCAAGCCCGUGGAGACAGAGGUCGAGAUCGCUCCCAUUCUUGGCAGAAAGAAGAAGCAGAAGAAGGACAAGAAAGUCAUACCGCAGAGUACCGGCUCCACAAGGCCGCAAACACCUCUGGACCAGAAGAAGGAUACAUCGGCAUCGCAAGGCGGUAACUUGCAGAAUACAGAAGGGUUGUCAUCAUCGAAGACGGCAGCGGAGGUUAAACCUGCUGCAGCUCCCGCCUCGCCAGCUAAAGCCAAAGAAACCAAGGGCAAAGAGGUGCCCCCCCAGCCCAAGAGCCCCGCCCAGGUCGAUACUUCGAUCCGGUUGAACGAGUCAACCAAGACUACCGUCCUUACUCCCGAUUAUGUGACUCAUGCGCCCGAGGUUAAGAACGAGCAGCCAAUUGAGGAAGACCUUGGCGAGAUCCCCAGCAUCUCUGAUGUGCUGCAAAAGCUUGCUGAAGACCGCAAAAUUCCAGCCGUCGAGAAUAUCAGCCUGUUCAAGUCUAUCCAGGGCUUUCUCCAGCGCACCGAGCCUACACCCAAUGCCCCUGUCACCGCGCCACCUAACCUCAAGUCAAUCAUCACCAAGGAAGACGAAGAGCGGCUUAACGCCUUCCAGCCCGUGCGGAAAAUCGUCAACAACCAAACAGUCCUGCUCACUCCCAACGGCGACUGCCUUCUCAACCUUUCCCAGCAGGAGGCGGACCGUUUCCUGGAGCUGCAAGACCGCCUGCGCGCAGACAGCGCCCUGCCGACGGCGUUUGCGGCGCCGAGAUACGCUCCCGCAAGCGGCUUCAGCCUGGUUAAGAACCGGGCUGUGCCCAAUGGAACACCGUCCUUCUUCCCGGCCGGGCCUGAUAAUUACCCCAGCGAUCCCGUGGGCAAGAUGCACCGUGAAGAAGCCAUCAGCUGCAUCAACCAGCACGUCCUGCCGUCGCUAAAUCUUGGCAACUACAAGUCCAUGGGGCCUAAUGCCAACUUCACCAAGAACGUGAACCUGCAGCAGCUUGCGCCAUGGAUCUAUCCGCCGUCCGCGGACAGCGAUGACCUGCGCCGCAUGUUCGGCGUGCGGCCCGGCGACGACUUCGGCCCCGGUGACUACCAGGGCGGCAGUGGUGGCAGCCCGUACGACGACCCUCUUGGUGUCGCCGGGCCCGGCGGGAUCCCACCGUUGCCUGGCGCGCCCGGCGGUCCGUCCCCAGCGAUCGGCUCGACACCGCUGAUGAGCGUCGAUGAGGCCGAGACGGUCUGGGCUUCGGCCAAGAAGCAGCACGAUGCCAUUGACAAGAAGCUGCGGCAGCUACUCGCCAAGAACCGGCGACUACUCGAGAUCCAUUGA